UAAUCUUUUUCCAUCGUGACAGCUCGAGCCUCUCAUUUGCUCUCUCGAAGGCUGACGAAUUUUUGCGAGGCGACGUCCUUCACUUUCGCGCCGUUAAAUCGGAGGUUAGAGUUUAGAGUUGGCGAGAGACAAAAGUUAGAAAUGGACUUUUGCAGACACCACCCUAGAAGUGCUUGCAAUUCCGUGAUAAUACGUUGUAAACUAAAUGUUUUCCGUUUGCUGAUGUUCAUCGUUUUACUUCCUUUUCAUUAGGUUAGCCUAUACCGCUUUUGCUCCAGUUGCUACGAGGAGCAGAAGUAUGACUUUUUAAUUUUCAUCUAUUGCUGCAGACAAAGUAGCCUCGACUUUUCAAAAAGAUGUCUUGGCUCUUUGGCAAAAAGAAGCACAGGGAUUCACCUCCCGAAUCCAGGGAUGAGCAAGAGGAACGGCCUCCCGCGGACCCAGGGGACGACUUCAUAGUUAUCGAAAGAAGGCGAACCUCCUUGCCACCCAACGUUGGUGACCAGGGUGCGCCAUAUCCCGGUGGAUUGUAUCCGUUCAUAGGCGGAACACCGUUGAACCCCACAAUGUCGGUUGGCAAUUUACCCAAGCUAGCUCAGCAAGUGGACGCUCCGCACUAUCUAAGCGGCGUGCCAUUCAAGUUGUGCAAACAGUUGCAAAGUAACAUGAACAACGACUUAGAGAUAGACGGUCUACGGAUUAGCGAAAUAAUGUCUUUCGUAGAAAGAUUAGAGGAUCAGAAUUACGAUUACGACUUCUCCCUUGAAACGGGGGUUAUUACAGAAAUGGACAGCAGAACUGACGACUAACUUGAACUCCGAUUGUUAUGUAAAUGGAUAUGUGUAACGAAAAUUCUACGAAUUAAAGAAUCAAACUUAAAUACGUAUGUAUUUCUUAAUUAGAUGAACAUAUAAUAAAGUUAUUUUUUAAGAAGUUAACGUUGUUCGGUAUAAUAACACUGUAAUAGACUUUAAGUUUGAUUCUUAUAUUCUACACAGACCGCACUGUUUUAAAGCGUUCCUAUCUUUUAAGAACAAAUAACGUGACAUUUAAAGUGAUUGCGAAAAAGAAAGUGUACAAAUGCGUUUGAGAAGAAAAUUGACUUGUAGGCAUCAAUCAUUAUGGGGAAAAAAGUAUACGUAAGAUUAAAUUUUUAUAUAUUUAAGUUGUUUAGGGAGAUAGUUUCAGUGCCACACUAUUGCCAUACUGCUACAGAUGUGAUUAAAGCACACGUUUGAUAUUGCACGUUUUAUGACACGUUGAAAAGUGCUUUAAAAGUUGUAUCGAUUAUACAGCUGUAUAUAAGUAAAAAUGUAAAAUAAUAGACAAAAAUAAUUACUUUCUUUAGGCGUACACACAUACAUGUAUACAGAACGCGUAACGUCAUGGAAGAGCCAUACAUCUUGGACUUAAUUUUAUUGUUACAUAACGCUUAUAUAGACAAUGUGUAUGCGCAUUUUAAGUUGCAAAACUGAAAGAAAAUAAAUUAUAUUUAUAUCUAA